GCAUGGUAGGGUCGGGCGGGUGUCAGAGUGCUGCCCAAGCAGAGUGAGGUCGGCUCCUGGGGCGCAAUGGGACCCGAGCUGUUUCUUUCCUACUCUCCUGCCCACCCCCCAGAGGAGUGAACCAACUCCCAGUGAGACAACCCCCAGCCCUAUUGAAAAUGGUCGACUUGCAGUCUGACUUCAAUCUGAGAACCGUCCUGGUCAGUUUCAAGCAGUGUCUCCUGAAGGAAGAUGUGCUGCUGGAGCACUACCUCGCUGGCUGGAGGGGCCUGGUCAGGUUCCUGAACAGCCUGGGCUCCCUUUUCUCCUUCAUCUCCAAGGACUUGGUGGCGAAGCUGCAGAUCAUGGAGGGCCUGUGCAGUGGCCCCCAGCAGCACCACUACAGCAGCCUGCAGUCCAUGGUGGCCUAUGAGGUGGGCAACCAGCUGGUGGACCUGGAUCGCCGCUCCCGUCACCCAGAUUCGGGCUGCCGGACGGUGCUGCGGCUGCAUCGGGCACUGCGCUGGCUGCAGCUCUUCCUGGAGGGCCUGCGCACCAGCCCUGAGGAUGCGAGCACGGCCAUGCUCUGCACCGACUCCUACAACGCCUCACUAGCUGCCUACCACCCCUGGAUCAUCCGCCGGGCCGCCACCGUGGCCUUCUGCACGCUGCCCACACGCAAGGUCUUCCUGGAGACCAUGAACGUGGGGUCCGCUGAGGAGGCUGUGGAGAUGCUGGGCGAGGCCCUGCCCUACAUCGAGCACGUAUACAAUGUCUCCCAGAAGCUCUAUGCUGACCACACCCUGCUGGACCUGCCCUAGGGGCCAGCAGGCCCAGGCUGGGAGGGCUUUCCCUUCUCUGGAGUUGGGCUGGGGCAGCCAGGGCCCAUCAGUCCUACCACGGAACUUUCUGGGUGCCCCAGGAGCAGAAAAGCCACUAUCCCCCUGCGAGCUGAGCUUGUGGGGAGCCAUAGGCCUAGUGUGGCCCACCCAGGCUGCAGACAGAGAAGGCAGGCGCCGGCCAGGUGGGUAAAAUGCAGAACACAGGGAGGGUGGGGGCAAGAUCAGAGUCCAUGCAGAAGCCUGAGAGGCUGCGCUCACCCAUGGGUCGAGUCUGCAAAACGGGUGAGUCACGGGUCUCUGGAGAGCAGACUCCUUACCAGCCGACGUAUCCAGCUGGUGGUGUGUGUGCUUCUCGCGUCUGUUGGGUUCCAGGCCCAGGACCCAGUAUCUGUGGCCAGGUGGGCUCCCUAUGGACUCUCCUUACCAGGCUGGCUAUCCCCAGAGCAAGGAGGGAACCUGGGCAGCUGUUGGCACUGCAUCUGGUUCCUUGCCCCUCGUUGCCUUGUUGGCCAGGGGCCCACAUGUCGUCAGCAUGACAGCAGGGACGUGGAGCCCCAAGCACAGUCCCACCCUGCCUCUGUAGCCCCGCACAUCAGCAGCCUCCUGCAGCCACAAUGUGCUCCCCAAGGCAGCUGCUUGUGAGUCUGCACAGCACAGCCUCAGAGCCCCCCGGGAACCCAUGACUGCUGGGCCAGCUGGCCUCUCCCUCCCCGGCUCCCAGCAAGAUGCUGCAUUCCCUCUCCCCUGCCCCUUGCUGCCCAUCCCCAUGGAGCUCAGGAGACCCAGGAUGCACAGCACAGGCCGGGGCCUGGAUCCCGUUCCCUAACAGGCUGGUAGACCCAGCCUUGCCUGCCCAUGGCUCUUCACUGGAACCUCAGGACAUCAGGUGCCAAAGGUCUGCACGCAGUGGGGACCCUUGGAAACUGUGAUACAUACGGGUGAUGGUUUUCCAGCAGAAAUAAAUGACAAUGUCACAAGUA